CCGGGAAAUUCAUCUUCUUCUUAAAGCAUAGCAAAUUUAUAGCGGAACGAAGAAACCCUAAAACCUAUCAUUCAUACAUUUAUGGCGGACGAGGAGGUUUUGCCGGUUCCAACCCAUGCACCUGUAGAUCUCAAGCGUAAACAUGAAGAUUUGGAACCAGACUGUCCUGAGAUACUGUCUUCUGAUACGAUUACCGAUUCGAUCUCCAAAUCUGAAUCGCUUAAGAAUCCCGAGAAAGAAGACGGUAAUGUUACAAACGGCGGUGCUUCGGAUGUUUUGGAGUCCAAGCGACCUCGUUUAGACGAGAAGCUGAAUGUUGAUAAAAAUGGUCAUCAAGAUGAGAAGCCGAGUUUUCUUGAAAAUAAAGAUGAGAAGUCGAGUUCCAUCACAGAUGAAGAGGUUGCUAAGCCAAUUGAAGAGGAUACUAUCCAGCCCGAGGAUUCAAAGAAGAUUGCUAAUGACAUUUCAGAGAAGGUUGAUGAAGAAACUCCAUCUUUGACCACUGAUAACCAGACAGAGGAAAAUCAAUCCUUGAGUGUCACAUUACAACCAUCUGCAGAAGAGAUUGAGGCAAGUAAAACAUCUUCACAUGCUGAGGUUCCUAUUACGGAUGAGCAGUCGACACAAACCAUCUCUCGGAAAAUAGAGGUCCCUAACAAUAAGGUUGGAGUUCUUAUUGGGAAGUCUGGGGAUACAAUACGUUCUCUGCAGAAUAAUUCAAAUGCAAAGAUUCAAAUUACAAGAGACAGUGAGGCUGAUCCCAAUUCUUCUAUGAGGCCUGUGGAAAUAAUAGGAACAUUAGAAAAUAUAAACAAGGCUGAGAAAUUGAUCAAGGAUGUUAUAGCUGAGGCAGAUGCUGGCGGUUCUCCUGCCCUUGUGGCUAGGGGAUUUAAUAAUGCUCAAUCUAAUGAGGCAGGAGAGCAAGUUGAGAUAAAAGUCCCAAAUGAGAAGGUUGGGUUAAUUAUUGGUAAAGGUGGAGAAACUAUCAAAAAUCUGCAAAUGAGAUCAGGUGCACGCAUUCAGUUAAUACAACAACAUGGUCCUGAUGGGGGUGAACCCAAGGAGAGGACAGUACGCUUGACGGGUAGUAAGAGACAGAUUGAGAUGGCUAGAGAAAUGAUAGACGAAGUGAUGGCUCAGCCUGUAAGGUCAUCUUCCCAAUCUAGUGGCGGCUACGGUUCACAGGGUAAUCGUUCGCGUGGACCAUCCUCGGGCCCACCACAAUGGGGCUCCCGAGGAGGAGGAAUGCGCCCUCCACAGCAACCAACAGGAGGGUAUGACUAUAAUCGAGGCCCAUAUCCAAAUCAAAACCAGUAUCCUUCUCAAUAUGGCGGUGGCGGUUACCCGCAGCAGCAUGUACCUUCGAGGAACAACUAUGGUGGUCCUGGUUGGGACAAUAGACCUCCUCCUCAGUCAAUGCAAGGUCCACAUGGUGGAGGAGGGUAUGACUACUAUGGAGGGGGGCAAGCUGACCACCACCCACCACCAUCUUCUACUCAUGUUCAGGGUGGUCCUCCAAUGGGACCAUCUCAUCAAAAUUACAACUAUGGUCAAGAUUACGGGCAGCAGCAGCCAGGUCCGUAUUCCCAUGGCCCACCCCCAGCUGCCCAGGGGUAUGGGGGGCAGUCUCAUGGUCCUCCACCGACUUAUGGAGGCGGUGGUUAUGGAAGUCAACAACCACCGCCCAGCGGUUCAUACCCUCAAAGCGGGGUUGGAUAUCCACAGGACCAGUAUGGUAAGGCUCCUCCUACUAGUUAUGGUGGUCAGCCGCAAGGGCAGUCUGGUCAAUCCUACUAUGGUCAGGGCAGAGGACCGCCAGUUAGUGAG